AUGUAUCCAAAUCAAGCAGGAAGGGUCGUGGACAAGGAGAACGACAUCGCCGCUGAUUCUGCCGCACGCGCUGCCACAGCGACCUUGGUCAAGCAAGCCUCUUUUGUCGGUAGUCGCACACCCUCAGCAAAGCAGCAGGGACUCAAGGUAAAUCUCACUAAAACACCUUCGCUGCAGGGUAAGCCAUCGGCCCUGGCGCUCAACUCUCCCACAGCUCAAGGCGUACUGAGAACGAAGACAAACCAUCAACAGCUGUCUUCAACACUCGACAACAACAGCAAAGACACGACUGCAAAGAAGAAGAGUACUCUGACGCGCACAUUUAGCGCUGCUCUCGAAAGCAACAACACAAACAGCAAUAGUGGCAACACAAGUUCUGCUCUUAGCACCCCUAUCAAUACGGAGUCCAGACGUCGCUCACUCACCAAGCGGGGAUCUGCCAAGACCAGGUUGGUCGUUCACAAAGAUGACGAGUCGGUCACUCAGGAAACAAAUGACAACAUCAUUGUCAAUUCCAACAGCCGAGACAAUAGCGACAAUGGCAGCAGAGUCAAACCAAUGGUCGCCCUUGCCAAGGCGGCACCAAUUGAAUCUGCUACAACCCUUCUGUCGAUCCAGAGGGCAGUCGAAAGCCAUGAUAAGGUUGUAGUUGGACAAGCUGAAGCCGAAACUAAGCGACGGGCAUUACCAAACGACGAUGAAAACUGGGAUAUCGAGUACUGCCCACCGCCUGUUGAAGAGCAGCCAUAUGACCCUGAAUUCGAGCUCGAUCCAUUGGCGCUAUCAACGGUUCCCUCAGCACUGGCUUAUCAUGUUCACUCUAUCGAAGACUUUGAGCUUGGGCUUCCAUCAAUGGAGCCCGCAAAGAUCAGACGGCCCCCCUCGCCUGCACAGUCAGAUGAGGAAAAAGACGAACAGGAGCAGAAGCAGGAGGAUGAUAAGGCUCCUAUGCCAAAGUCAACAGUCACCCCAGACGGUCAUCUUGAUGUUACAUGGAGCGAUGAUGAGGAUACAGUCCACCCGAAAGGAGGCCGUCGCUUCGGAAUCAAGGAUUUGGAGGAUGAAAGCAAAACUCGACCGCCGUUUGAUGGCUUUUUCUUUGAGCUCGACGCGUCCGAAGAUUCACUGAGUGAAGAUGAGGACGAUAUUUUCGGAGGUCGCAAACAUAAUGUACCCGGGAGAAAGAAGGAUGACUCCGACAAACCGACGAAAAAGUUCAACGAUGCCAUUGGACUGGGUGAUUUGGAGGACGAAAAGAAGGUCGAGGCGCCGUUUUCGGACUUUGCGUUUGAACUUUGA